AUGGCGUCACCGUCGGCAGAGGGCUCAGAGGGCGACAACCCUGGCCGCAGCUUCGACAUUUCCAACCUCCCGGCCUCGGCAGGCAAGUCUGGAUGGCCCACAGGGCCGUGCACACCUUGGGGCAAGCUGUGGGACGACAAGCUGAGCACGGCCAGCAAGGUGUGGGAGGAUCAGCUGAAGAGCGCCACCGGCAAAGCGGAAGCAGCGCUGGAUGCGGGGAUCAGCGCAGCCAGCGAGGCGGUGCGGGCGGGGGUGUCGGCGGCGGGGCGCGAGAGCGAGGCCGUCAAGUCCCGGCUGCAGCGGUUUUACGACACAGGGCUGGCGCACUACCAGGCCACGGAGCAGCAGGCGCUGGAGCUGAUGAAGCAGGGGGUGCGCUUCGUGCGGAAGGAGCACCCAGAGGCCAGCAUGGCCACAGGCGUGGCCGCCUUCUUCGUGCUGCUGCCGGGGCCGCGCCGCUUCCUGCUGCGCCACACCAUCGGCAGGUUCCGCAGCGAGGAGGCAAUGUUCAAGUCGGCGGAGCAGCGGUAUGCGGGGCUCAAGGAGAAGGCAGAGGGGCACAACGGCGAGCUGCAGAAGCUGCAGGCAAGCACGGCGGUCACCCAAGAGCGGCUGCAGCUGGCUGAGCUGGAGUAUCAGCGUGGCCGUGCCAAGCUCAAGUCGACCGCGGGCGAGCUGGAGAGCCUGGCCAGCCGCGUGCGCGGCAGCAGCAAGGCGGCCAAGCGCCUGAUCACCGACCUGCGGGAGCUGCCCUCCAAGCAGGCGCUGCAGCUGCGUAGCGACGCAGCCAACACCGCCAACACCGUGGGCAACCAGGCCAAGGUGCUGGACAAGGCGCUGCGGCGGGUGGCCAAGCAGUACGGCCUGUGA